GUGAACCGAUAUUCUUUUUGUAUCAAUAUUUAUUGUUUUCUUAGCACUAUCCUCGCUGACGAAGUCUAUUCUGAAUUAUUUUUUAAGUAUUAGGUAGAGUGAUGCUGUGGUAUUUAUUCCAGUGACAUUUUUCGGUGCAUUAUAGUGAAACCGUUAGAAUAUCACUUAUUUCCGCGACAGGUCAGAAAUACCCAGAAGAACAGAAGCGAUACUAAAGUGGUUGUGUCUAUUGUUACUAUGACGGGUGCCAGAAAAUUUCUGUAGUUAUGGGGAAAAACAAGAGGAGUGAUUUGGGUCCACCCCCUCGCUGGCUGCAUUGCCCUAGGAAAGGGCAGAUAAUUGUUGAUAUAUUUGUGCCUUUCAAGACUCCACUUGAUGGGCGCUAUGAUGAUGAUGUUCCAGAGGAGUGUAGAUUUAAUGUCUCUAUGUUAUUUGAUUCAUUGAAAAUGUACAAGAAGAAGUUAGGAUUAGUUGUUGACCUGACCAACACAACACGCUUCUACGACAAGCUUGAGGUGGAGAAACGAGAUUGCAGAUACGUGAAAAUGCAGUGCAGGGGGCACGGGGAAACACCCUCAAAGGAGCAGACGCAGGCGUUUAUUGAGCUGGUGGCACGCUUUCAUUCCCAGAAACCACUGGAAAUGAUUGGCAUCCACUGCACCCAUGGAUUCAAUCGUACAGGGUUCCUCAUAGUUGCCUACAUCGUGGAACAAUUGAGUUGGAGUGUGGAUGCUGCCGUGCAGCUGUAUGCUCAGGCUCGCUCACCAGGCAUCUACAAGCAGGACUAUCUUCAGGAACUUUUCCAUCGUUAUGGCGAUGUAGAUGACACACCGGCUGCCCCCAUUCUGCCUGAGUGGUGUAAUGAGUCAGAAGAGGGAGUGGAUGAUGACGGCAAUGCUAUUGAAGAGGACGGCACGGACCAGGCAGGGGCUAGGAAAAGAUUUAAGAAGGAGGUUGUGAAAAAGAAUGCAAAGUUCGUGGAUGGAGUUACGGGGGUGAAACAGGUCGGCGACCAGCCUAGACUCGGCAGCAUUCAACAGAAAGUCCAGGAUAUGUGUGAUUGGAAGGGGUCAGGAUUUCCUGGCUCCCAGCCGAUUUCUUUGGAUGUGAAGAAUAUUGACUAUCUGAGGAAGAAGCCAUAUAAAUGUAGCUGGAAGGCUGAUGGAACCAGGUUUAUGAUGUUGAUAGAUGGUGAGCACCAAGUAUUUAUGCUGGACAGGGAUAACACAGUCUUCCAUGUACCAAAUCUCAUGUUUCCACGGCGAAAGGAUCUCAACGGGCACACAACUAACACCUUGCUUGAUGGGGAAAUGAUCGUGGACACGGUUAACGGUCAGAAUGUGCCGCGAUUCCUCAUCUAUGACAUCAUCAAAUUUGAGGGUAAGGAGGUAGGUAAGACAGAUUUCAACACACGGAUUCUAUGCAUAGAAAAGGAAAUCAUCGGUCCCCGGCAUGCAAAGAUGAGCGCAGGUAAACUUGACAAGGCACGGGAACCAUUCAGUGUCCGUAUUAAACCAUUCUGGGACAUCGUCACGGCUAGAAAGUUACUUGAUGGGGCGUUUGCCAGCCAAGUGAGCCACGAGGUCGACGGCCUGAUAUUUCAACCUGUUCCUGAUCCGUACCAUCCUGGACGUUGUAAGGAGACACUAAAGUGGAAACCACCCGAGCUCAACUCUGUCGACUUUAAGAUGGUCAUUAAAAUGGACGCUGGGGGAGAAGGGAUGCUGGCAUCCAAACGAGCCCUCUUGUACGUGACCGGCCUCGAGCAACCAUUCUCAGAAAUGAAGUACACCAAAGAUCUGAAAGAACUAGAUAAGAAGAUUAUAGAGUGCUGUUUUGACCCGACCACAAAUGCUUGGAAGUAUAUGCGUGUACGGACAGACAAAUCCUUCCCCAACCACUACACUACUGCUGUUGCUGUGUGUGACAGUAUCAAGUACCCUGUGACAAAGGAGAUGCUCUUCCGUGUCGUAGAGGUGGAGCGCUGGAUGCCCCCUGCCCGUGAAAUGAUGCCCCCACCAGUGGGGAGACCCCUACAUAAGGUCACCCAAAAAUGACCUUGAGAUUUGCUGCCCCACAGGUGACAUGAUGCCCCCACAUGUUGGGAUGCUCCUACAUAAAAAACACAUCACCUUGACCUUGAAGUCUGUCCAUGCAUUAGUGGACUCAUAUACAAACUUUGACAUAGUCCCAUUUGGUUGAAGUGACCUUGACAUUGGCCUAUUUAUGGGGAAGUGACAUUGACCUCCCACUAAGUGAUGUGGGGUGAUUGUUGCUAUAGAUGCACAGGGCUGUAUAAGCUUUGGAAAUGAUUUCUUUAGUGAAAGAAACACCUUUGUAUCAGCCUAUUUUGGGCAAAGUGACAUUGACAUUCCAGUGAUGUGGGAUGCUUGUGAUUUUAUGUGCACAGGACUAUCAGCUUGGAAAAUGGUGUUAGAUUAGAUCCAGAAUGAAAAACCUCAUUGACUUUGAUAUUUGACAUUUUUUGUGAAGUGAAUUUUGCAUCCCACUUAGUGAUGUUAAUUGUGUGUGACUUUAUGGCAUAGUGGUAUAAUAAACUUUGGAAUGGAGUAUGUCAAUUUAACACUCAAGGGUCUUAUAAGAAACACAAUGACAUUGGCCACCAGUAUCGUAUGUGGGAGCUUGUGAUUUCACAUCCAUAGGGCUUUUAAAAGUGCUCAAAUAUUUUCCAUGUGUACAUAGGACGUAAUUAUGACACUUAAAACAUAUAGUGAAUUUUUUUAAGCGUCAAAAAUAAAAGCUCUGGUGUAAGUUUACAGCCAACAGAGUUGUGUUUCAACUUCUGAAAAGUUGGUGCUAUAUGGAAGGUUUAAUGGCAAACAUGUAACUGAUAUUAUAAAUUUUUUGAUGGGAGCUCGCAUUUAUAAUGAUCAGGCAAGUUGUUGGACUUACACACACUAAGUCAUACAUGUGUAUGUCCCUCAUUUGUGGGCUUUCAGCAUUUAACAUAGUGGAUUAACAUCAUAUCAAUUGAAGGACAUCUUAUUGUAUGAAGAUUAAUUUAGUGUUCUUAAUCCAUUUACCUUUAUUCUAAAACCCAGUGUCCAUAUUCUUAAGCAUCUUGAGUCUGAGUUCUCGACCUAUGACUCAGUAAAUAAAAUUCUUAAAUGUUUUAGAAUUUCUUUGAUAUAACUGCCUUUAUGAAAGAAAGAUAAGCUUUUUGUAAUGGAGCGUUAUCUUUGUUUUCAUCUACAUAUCAACUGCCAUAUCAGAACAGUUACAACUUAAAUAGGCAUAUUUUUUCUAUUACUACCAUGCAGAUAAAUUACAAUGCCAUUCACUAAUACAUCACACUAUUUAAAGAAUGUUGUCCUUGACAACAUGUUCUUUAGAGCUACAGCACCCGCAACCCUGGUAAUUGAAAUAAUCUCAAUAACUCCAGUUGUGGGUGCUGUAACUAUUACACAUACAGAAAUUAAUGACAUUAUUGCUCAGGUAAAAGUGAUUUUACAUCAGGAUUAUUAUAGACAGCUUUGAGUCUCGAAUCUCUAACUCAAGAAGUUAAUGAAUAUGAAUUCUGAACCUACAUGUUCAUUCGGAACUCCUCGACCAUUUUCCAUCGAAAAUGCUUUCCGAUGUUUGCCUGUACAUCAGAAGAAGUAUGUCGUAAAAAUUGAGAUAAUAGUAUUAAUUGUACUGUUUUCACAUGUAUUUUGUAUUAUUAAGUUUAAAUUGAUAUCCUGUGAAGUGUAUAAUCGCUUAAAUAAUAAAGAUUCCCAACAGUAAAGUCACUAAGUGUAACUGUUAAAUUGUUUUUACUCUACAAUGUAGUUGCACCUCGGUUAAAUGUAAAGAUUUCCGCCCAUAUACAUCGGAGGUUGUUUUCUAUUGAAAAUGGUUGAGGAGAUCCAAAUACCUUCAAGUUCACUUUUAGUUAUUUCAACAGAGUGUAGAAAAAGUCAAGAACAUUAAAAUGUUGCUGUCAUUACAGCCCAUAAACCAAUCACUUUGUUAAUGAAGUGAAUUUUAUUUAACGUAUGAACUACUCACUAUUUAUAGAACUUGUCAGUUACUGAGUUCAUUAUUUGUGUGACGUUGACCUUGCAAGUACUAAUCACAAUGAAAUAAAAUUUGUCUUAAAUGUU